AGCAACUUCCACUCCAAAGUUCCAAACGCAACACAAACUCCCGGGGAACACGUUCGCGCCCGCGCGUAUGGCCGCGGCGGAUACGAACAGCAGCAGCCGGCGGCGGCGCGAGGCGCUGUGCGCGGCGGCCGUGUCGGCGGCGGACGCGGCGUCGUGGUGGUGCGCGGUGGCGCUGGUCGCGCUCGUGCUACUGGGCGCGCUGCGCGCGGAGACCACCGCGGGCGACGGCGGCGGCGCGUUGUACCACCGCCAGUUCAGGGGCCCGCGGCUGGGCGGCGCCGCGGCGCGGCCGUGCGAGGAGGUGUACGUGGUCGGGGACGGCGAGACGCUGCACAGCAUCAGCGACAAGUGCGGCGACCCCUUCAUCGUGGAGCGGAACCCGCAUAUACACGACCCCGACGACGUCUUCCCGGGGCUCGUCAUCGCGCUCAGCCCCACCAAGAACGCCUAAGCUCUUGUGUGCUGCGCGGUUGUACGUGCGCACGGCGGGGCGGAGACGAACAGGAACUCGAAGGGUUCUGUUCUUUGGUUUCCUAUUCUCGAUCCUUUUCUUUAGUUUGCUCCGAACUGAUUGAUCCUUCUUUAUCAAAAAAAAAAUGUUUGAUCCUUGUGAGCGAUCUUAACAACAUCGCCGACCUCUUUUCUGGAGGGGAGGAAAUGGUAAGCUGUGUAUAAAGUAUACUUGGAUGAGCCGACCCUGUUUUCUAUCUUAUUUGUAUUUUCUUCGUAUUGUUCUUUGUUGUGCAGUUCAGGUAUUCUCUUCGUGCACGAAUUAUUUUUUCUCCCGUGCUUACGAAUUAACGCAACGAAGUCAAUAUGAUACAUUGUUAA